GAGCCGGACAUUCUUUUAGUGUUUUAGUGGAUUUCUUAUAGGAGAGCACCCCAUCAACACCCAUCAACACCCCAUCGACGCCGGCCUCGGAUUGGUCAAACUUUAAAAAGCCCCCGCUUCCCGUAAAUCAAUAGCGGGUAGAAAAUAACAAGCUACGAAAAAUAGUUGUAGGUACCACCAGUACCGCUCGAGUACCGCGAGUACCACACACACCAAGGAGUGUAAGGAGCGUAAGAGGAAAAAAAAUAACAGAGAAAGGAAGGGGAGACUGCCCACCAUGACUUCGACGGCAACAACCCUUUCUCUUCCACAGAGACAACACACUUUAUCUCGGACUCCUAGAAAAUCUGGUAUCGCUACUACUUCUACCCCGAACCUUAACAGCCUAUAUUCCGCACAUUCAAGGCUUGCCCCGAGCUCGAGCGCUCUUGCGCGCAAAGCUUCAGUAGCCACACUUACCCCUAGUUCACUCGCCGCGAUUCCUGAUGACAGUGAGAGUUACGCAUUAGACAGCGUAUUAACCGAUUCAUCGCGCAAAAUGCCGCCUUUGACUCCAGGCAAAGGCGCCGGCGCCGCCGACGAUUUCGCCCUGGGUGAAAAUGUUGAGGUUCCUGGAAAUAUGACUGGCACCGUUCGUUUUGUCGGUUCAGUUGCUGGGAGGAAGGGUACUUUCGCUGGCGUAGAAUUGCACUCGGAUUUCGCUGCGCGUGGCAAGAAUAAUGGCGAUGUUGAUGGUGUAUCCUACUUUACAACUUCGACCCCCGGUUCCGGUAUCUUCGUACCUAUCCACAAACUCCUCAAGCAGCGCGACUUGCCGCCAAGACCCGCCAGCGCCUUUCCACUCACUCCCGGAUUGAAGGUCGCGAGUCAAAAUGCCACUAAUCAUACACCACCGACUCCAUCAUUACCAACAUUCAGCAAGUCCCUUGGCCCCGCGAGAGCGCCGAGUCCCGCAGGCAAACGAAGUAGAACGUCAUUACCGCGACCGGACUCACCCGUACGUCGAUUACAACUUACCCCGGCACCCCGACCGUCGAUAGCAACGCCGGGUCCGAAGGCGCCCCCUCGUUAUGGAACCCCCACCGUGUCCAAGUUUGGAUCAAGUGUGCGAGGCACAUCCGGAGACCCAAAUAAGGCGUCUAGACUAGACAGAAAACCAAGCAUAGUUCCUAGGAGCGCUUCGGCUUUAGGGUCAAUUUCUAACUAUGACGAGGAUGAAACUACACCUGUUGGUUCGCGCAUCAAGCCAAAUGGUAGCGUCGGGUCGGUCUCGUCUUUAUCGUUCAAGCGCCCCGCAUCUCGGGCGACGCACGUGAAUGAAGAAGAGAUUGGUAGACUCAAGAACCAACUCGAAGAUCGCGAUCGCCAAUUGAAGGAUCAAGCCUCUGCUUUAGCCGAAAUGGAGAGCAGUCUAACAGAGCUUACGAUGUUAAUAGAUCAAUCAGAUUCCGGGAGGAUGCGAGCGGGUAGUUUGGACGACAAGGAUACUUCGCAACUUCGAGCGAUGCUUAGGGAGAAGAACGAGAAGAUUGCGAUGCUCACUGCCGAAUUUGAUGCGCACCGAGCAGACUUCCGGAGUACUAUCGAUACACUCGAGAUGGCUAGCACCGAGACUCAGAGAGUAUAUGAUGCUAGAAUCCGUGAAUUAGAGCAAGAGCUUCGCGAUGCGCAGGAGAGACACGAUGAUGUCGACAGCGUGGCGCGCCAACUUAAGCAACUCGAAGAUUUGGUCCAAGAACUCGAGGAAGGUCUAGAAGACUCCCGCCGAGGCGAAGCAGAAGCUCGUGGCGAGGUCGAAUUCUUACGAGGGGAGGUCGAGAGAACGAGGACAGAGUUACGGAGAGAACGUGAGAAAGCUGUCGCCACCACAAACGGGGGUGACCAAGGGGAAGACAAAUUAUCCAUGUCGAAAGAGUUGGAACAGAAGGAAGACGAGAUUAGAGGUCUCAAGGCUAUUAUUCACUCUCUCAGCAGGGACUCCAUUCCUGGAUCAGAUUCUUCAGACAAGACCCCUACGCAGCCCCAACGCAACAACUCUUUCAUUAAAUCUCGCCCAGAUUCAAUCGAAGGUCGCUUAGCCAGGGAGAAGUUGGAACGAGAAGUCCACGAAUCGCGCAGUCUUGUUGACAACAAAAACAUUCGAGAAGAGGAACUCGAACACGAGCUUGAGGCACUCCGACGGGGCAACGCGACAAAUCAUCGUGUUAGCUCCACGACCAUUGGCAGCGCCAAUCGAUCAUCAUAUCGCGACUCCAAAGGAACUGUUAUUCUCGCGCGCGAGGCACACUCGCCCGAAGCCAUCCACAAACGUGCGCAAACUUUAGAUACCAUGCCUGAGAGCGAUGCGUACUCGUCAGUCACCGAGACCAGCACGCUUUGGUGUGAAAUUUGCGAGACUGGUGGACACGACAUUCUUACUUGCACUAACAUGUUCGGGCCCCAAAACGAUCAAGGCAAGAAUGGCGCUGGUGAUCAUGGCUACGGCAAGACGGGCAGGGACAUUGUUCGAGAAGGCCUCAAGAAUUUAUCGGUUCCCACUGACGCCAGUGAGGAAGACACUCCUCGUCCAUUGUCCCCAAUGAAGCCCAAGGCAGUUGCGGCACCCCCUCCGCCUACAGUCAAGAUCCUCCCCAACCCGCAAGAUCCGGCGCCUUUGGCUGGCAAGGAUAGCGGGGUGGUAGACCCAGAAAAAUGGUGUGCCCUAUGUGAGCGGGACGGACAUGACAGCAUCGAUUGCCCUCUAGAAGAUGCGUUCUAAGAGGUGUCCAUGUGAUCACAGAUACGACUCAAUGACCCAAAAAAAAAAAUUACAUGAGGAACAGCUGUACAAGGACGCGUGGGAUUGCUUGAAUACCCGGUGGCACAAAGUGU